GAGUCCUGCUGAUCACUACCAGAUGUUGGUUGGGAGCCAGUUUCCAGGAGGAGGAUCGUUUUGGCUUAGAGGAGGAGCUGAGAGGCACACGGGCUUAAAGGGUAGUUUGUAUCCCGAUCCAGUCAGCAGAGGCAGCAGCUCCCCCUCCGAGGAGCCGGGAUGGACCGCAGCAGGGUCGGACAGAGGAUGCGCGCCGCUCUGGCUGGACUGCACGAGCUGCGGCUUCUGAAGGAGAGGCAGCGGGACCUGGUGAGCUGGGCUCUGAGUAUGGACCGAGAGGAACCGGUCACUUCAGUCCACGCCGAACCGGACGGAGCAGGAGUGAUGGGAACCGAGGAGCAGCGGCUGGAAGCGUCUCUGAGCGCCCUGAAGCAACAGCUGUCUCGUCUUCGUAAACAAGACGUUGGCCUGAAGACACACUUGCAGCAGUUGGACCAUCAGAUCAGCGAGCUGAAGCUGGAUGUCAGCAAAGUCUCCUCAGAGCAGCUGGAGAGCGACAGCAGGCCCAGUUCUGGUUUCUACGAGCUCAGCGAUGGAGGCUCUUGUUCCCGAUCCAACUCCUGCACCUCCGUCUACAGCGAGUGUCUGUCAUCCUCUCAGACCAGCCUUGUUCCCAUGAGCCCUGUGAACUGUCACAAAAGUCCACCGCCACAAGGCAGCGCGGGCCGGCGCCGUUCAGCUGACGAGAGCCCGCUCCAGCCCAACCCAAUGCGGCCCACAGGGGUUCAUCUGGGCAGCAGCCGGAUCAGAGCAAGUGCUGCAGAAAAGACACGACCCAGACCUGUGUCAACAGGGGACCUUGAAAAAAUGCUGUCUCAAGGAGGGGGCCACUUGAAAGCUGUUGAUGUAAAAAAGAACAUUUUGUGUCCAAACUUGAAGAUUUCCAAAGAAGAUUCCAAGUUUCUUCAGCAUCUGGAGUCCCGCUGUGGGAUGGAGGUGUACCGCUACCCCAGCCCCCUGCAUGCGGUGGCCCUGCAGAGCCCUCUUUUUUCCCACAGAGGUGAAGCUGACCCUCUUGGACUGGUGGAGGAUCAACAAAUCCUAGUAAAUGAUUGGGAAGCUCUUCAAAUAGGUUAUGAGUUCAAGACCCUGGGUUACAUUGACCGGCUCCUGCAACGCAACCUGAGCAAAAUCCAGAGUGAAACAGGCACAGAGACAUUGAAGUCAUGUGGGGGCUGCAGCAAGAAGCCUGUGGAGCAUGUGAGGGUGUUGACUGAAGUGACCGACAAGGAGGUGUCCAUGCAUCCUGCAGCCAAGACCAGGAACAUCAUUCCAAUGAGCAAUGAUCAGAAAGGACAGUUCCUGACAUCUUCCAGCCAGAAACAUGGAGAGACCAGAACCCAGAAACCAGCAGAGAGAACCACAGAGGCUCCUCACCAAUUCUCCUUUCCUUCCUCCACUGAGGACUGCAACCCUGAUGAGAUGGCCUCUUCAUUCAUGAAGACGAUGGAGAGGCACCAUGAGGAAAAAGUCAAAUUAUCAAAAAACCAUUCUGUUGGAAAUCCCAGCAACCAUCCGGAGUCCAAACCACAAGAGAGGAAGCCUCUCAGGCAUAGGCCGGUGAUGACUCACAGCUCCAGCACAGAGGAAGCUCGAUGCUUUGAAGCUCACACAGGCUCACCCGAGUUCGUUCAUGCCAAGUUUCUCCCUGCUGGAGCUCAGAAGGUCAAGAUCAGACAAGCAGACCGGAAAACCAAAGCAGUGAAGCUCAAGAGAAGAAGCAGUGAGAAGCAUCGAGCCGUGAGGCAGCAGAACGGCUGCUCCUCCGGAGAAAGGAGCAAGGAGACCAAUAGUCGGGGAAAGGGGGAGCUAAGAAGACCAGGGCGGCCCAAAGAACCUCCAAGGGUGAACCCCUACCCCACAGAGGAGCUCAGACUGGGUUCAGGCUCAGAUUCCAGUCUCUACAGACCACUCCCCUCUUCAAAGCCGAACAAAAGCCGGCGGCUACACUGUCAUGAGUAUGUGCAGCCUGCGGAGCAGAGGAAGAGGAGGCAGAUGGAUGCAAAGUGGUCUUCUAACAUGGAAAUGUUCCAGGCUCCAUAUGCUCCCCGUCAGAAGUCCAAAGAGUCCCAUGCUCCGGCACUUUGGAGCAUGCAGAUGGUGCGUAGUGCGAGUGCCAGGCAAGGCCAGUGGAUGAGACCUCGCCCCAUCCAGUCCUCCACGUCCUCCAACUCUUUUCUCCAAAGUCUGAAUGCCAAAUAUCCCCCAGCCCCAUUUCACGGGUCCAAACUCUUUCCACCGAGAUGUGAGUCGGAGUAUUCAGCCGAGUGCGCCUCGCUGUUCCACUCCACCAUCGCCGAAAGCAGCGAGGGCGAGACGAGCGACAACACCACCAACCGCUUUGGAGACAGCGAGUCCAGCCAGAGCUUCCAGUCCCUGUCUGACUCUGACAGCAGCCUGUCCCUGGACGAGGAAGACCUCCAUGAGGAAGAUUUGGUGUGGGCCGAGGCGGCGCUGGGCCCCACGACCACUGGAUGCCCCCUCAAACAGAUCACAUCCCGCCCCGAGCCCUCAGCCUGCCGCAUUAAAGCUUCCCGAGCCUUGAAGAAGAAGAUCCGCCGCUUUCAGCCCGCUUCGCUGAAGGUCAUGACCCUGGUGUAGAAGGCUCCCUCCAGCAGAACAUGACCUCCUGGGAAAAAAAUGGAGACAUUUCUAAAGCCUGUCAGAGCAGCAAACUAGACUCUGUUUGUUUAGUAGAAAAUAAAAUAAUAAAAAAGAAGCGGUUUUCAGAAUGAGCAUGUAUAAACAUGAUUUGCAUAUGUUUCUGUAUGUAUUGCUGUUAUCAGUGGUUAUUUUGGUUGGUUUCAUAUACAUUUUUAAAGACUCUAAUUUGUUUUAAACUUUAAUCUGCUUUUUUUUAUUGUAACUCUUCACGAUUGACCAAUUUUAAUAAACUGAUAUUUAAUAUA